CAAACGUUGUUCAGAUCUAAUCGCCUCUUAAACAAUCAAAUCAGAAAACCAGCAGGACUGCCAUUUUUAUUUUAUUCAAAAAGGUUGUUUUUCUGAUUUUUUUUCACUCUUAACACUGACAUGGCAACACAUCCUGAUAUUGAUUAUAUUAACAAGGCAGUCCUUGCACCUAUGGUACGUAUUGGUACUUUGCCUACACGUUUGCUUGCACUUGAAUAUGGAGCAGAUCUUGUGUGGUCCGAGGAAUUAGUGGACAAACGAAUUAUCGGUUCGAUUCGACAAUACAAUCCUGCCACCAAAACUGUGGAUUACCGCAAAGGACAGGCGAAAGCAUUAACAUUCAGCACUUGUGAGAAAGAAAAAGGAAAAGUCAUUCUUCAAUUAGGUACUGCAGAUGCUGAUUUAGCUUUGGAGGCCGCUUUAACUGUAAAACAGGAUGUGGCGGGUAUUGAUGUCAAUUGUGGCUGUCCCAAGAAAUUCUCGGUACAGGGCGGCAUGGGCGCUGCGCUUUUGACUAAUCCUGAGAAUCUGAAAAAGAUCUUGACCAAAUUGGUAGAUCAUUCUGGGAUGCCUGUUUCCUGCAAAAUUAGAUUGCUGGAUACGCAAGAGGAAACAAUUAAUCUUGUGAGAAUGAUUAUUUCAACUGGUGUCAAAGCACUCACUGUACAUUGUCGUACUCGAGAUCAAAGACCCUCCGAAAAGGCAAAGUGGGAAAGACUUGCAGAGAUUGUAGAUUUUGUGAAAUCUAUCAGUGAUGUUCCUGUAAUUGUCAAUGGUGAUGUGUUCAAGUAUUCAGAUAUUGAUGAAGUCAAGAAGAUCACCCACGCCGAUUCUGUUAUGAUUGCUAGAGGAGCUCAAUUAAAUCCAUCUGCCUUUAGAAAGGAAGGCUUAUUGCCAUUUGAUGUUACAAUUCAAGCAUUUCUCAAAAAGUGCAUUGAUGUCGAUAAUCUCUUUCAAAACACCAAGUACUGUGUGCUUUGUAUGAGUACCGAUGAUUCAAACCAUACCCGAUCACUCUUAUAUUCAAGCACUCAAAGAACUAAAACAUUAGAACAGUUAUACGAAAUUUUCGGGUUAACAGAGUAUCACAAAAAGACAAUGGCUGAACAUCGGGCCCGUAUCGAGGCUUCGGAUCCAGCUGAAAAUGAGACUUCUAUGACAACUAAAAGAGAUAGAGAGGAAUCCCCUGAAAAGGAAGCGGAAGAGCCUGUGGAAAAGAAGCUUAAAACAGACGUAGAUAAUUGAAGGGAAAAAAUUUAUUAACUGCACAUUGUAAUUAGAGCAGUGCGAAAAAAUAAAAAAAAAUAAAGAAUAAUUGUAAUUUAAAUGCCUUGAGCAAUUUGAGGCCAUGUCUCACGAAU